AUGAUGAGCUCAAGUGGUGCGGUCGAAAGCGACGUCGGGAGUUCGAUGCCAAUGGAAACGGACGACGACGAAAUUGAUCAACUUGUGGCUCAAACUACCGAUGUUGAAAUGGCACCAACGGAAAUCGCUCCCCUCGUUAAUCCACCAGUUUCUGCAGUCGCGCCAAUUCUAAGCUCAUCGACGCCGUCAGCAGGAGCGCUAACCAACAAACUGUCCCCGACAGUGGUGGCUCUCAAUAACAAACCAUCCACGACAUCUAUUACACACAGCAAUCUACUGGUACCUCAAGUCGCGCCUCUCAUCAGUUCAACUACAUCAACAAUUGCUCCACUCAUCAAUCCGCCCAUGUCUCCGGUUGUACAUGUAAACCAAACAACAGUGUCUACAGUCACUUCUCUUAAUAGCACGCCUGUGUCAACAAUCUCUGUGCUCAAUAACCCUUCUGUAGUGACAACCAACCAGCAAAAUAUUGUUAUGCAACAUCUCCAAUUCCAACAAUUGCAGCAACUGCAACAGCAACAACUGCAACAGCAACAACUCCAACAGCAGCAACAACUCCAACAGAAGCAGCAACUACCGACACAACAGCAACAAAUCCAACUCCAACAGCAACAGAUCCAACAAAUGCAACAGAAACAACUAUUAAUACAACAACAACAAAUAAAACAUCACCAACAGCAACAAAUAAAACAGCUACCGCAACCACAAUUACUACAGCAGCUGACACAACAACCACAGCAACAUCAACAGCUGCAACAACAACAACUACCGUUACAACAGAAGCAACAACUACCGACACAACAGCAGCAGCAACAGCAACCACAACUACCGACAUCACAACAACUACCGACACAACAGCAGCAGCAGCAACAACAACAAGUAGUACUGCAGCAGCAGCAACAACAAGUAGUACAGCAGCAGCAACAACAACAACAACAAGUAGUACAGCAGCAACAACAAUCAGUACAGCAGCCACAACAAUCAGUACAGCAGCAGCAGCAGCCACAAACAGUACAGCAGCCACAACAACAAAUGGCACAGCAACCACAACCAUCAUCGCAGCAGCAACAAGCACCACAACAACAGCAACCAUCCCAACAAAUUACCAUUAAAAAUUUGAUAAAUGUAGACAAUGCAGCAUUGUUAACAAAAGCACGUUUGCGUGAAUUAGUCAAAGAAGUAGAUCCAAAUGAACAGCUAGAAGAGGACGUAGAAGAACUUAUGUUGCAGUUAUCUGACGAUUUUGUCAACGAAUUAGUCAAAGCAGCAUGCGUAUUUGCUAAACAUAGGAAAUCAAAUAUCGUUGAAGUUAAAGACGUCCAAAUUUACUUAGAAAGGUACUUAAAUAUGUGGAUACCUGGUUUUGGCACUGAUGAAUUGAAACCGUACAAAAAAGCGCCAAUCACAGAAGCACAUAAACAACGAACAGCACUUAUCAAGAAAGUUGCCAGUAAAAAAUAUUAA